AUCACUGAGAUCCUUUUGCCAGUAAUUGGCGGUAGAAUAAUAAACAUUACUAGUAGACUUGGCAAAUUAAAACAGAUUCCAUCAAUAAAGUUACAUACCGAAUUCAGCCGGAAACACACAAAUAGUGUUGUAACUGUUCAAGAAGGCUGGCUAACAUCAG